CCGCUCUGAGUAUCCUGUGCCCGGAUAGGCAGAAUCAGAAAGGGACGAGCGGGCAGGAGGAGAGGAGGAGGUAGACAGGAAAAAACAAAGAUGGCAGUGUAGAUUGAGGGGGUCUAUCGAAGAGACUCUGCAUCAAACUGAUCACUGUAAGGCUUUCUGGCGAAUCCGGAUCGCGUCGGAGUGGAUCGGUUUUGUUCGGAAUACGGACCGGAGCCAAGGAGCCCACUCGGGUCGCAAAGCGUCGCCGUGUGCGUGCUGUCACAGCGGAUAACGGCAAACAACAGCCUGUUGUUUUGUCGAGGCAUAGGAAAGCUGUUUUCUCUCGUUAGAGACUGAGAGCUGAAGCCAACCCGAGAUCAAUCCAGAAAUCUCAAGAGCUUUAUGUAGGGCAAACUGCAGUAAAACACAGAUGACAAUAAUUGUCCUGCCCCGUAAUCUUUUAUCAUUAUAAACCCCAUAAUAAUCUGGGUCUUGUUAUCAAGGGAUUGUUUACUACUGAAUGCAUUGUUGGCAGUCCAGAUACACCAUUGUCACAGACCAAAUAGCUCGGGGGAAAACCUGGAAAUUUCACACUGACAGUCAGCGAAUCCUGUGCUAGACCAGCCCGAAUAUCCUGACUCGUUUUGGACCGGACUUGGAUGUCUUCGAUGGAUGAUAGGAUGGAAUUAGGCGUCGCGGCCGCUCCGGGCUCCUCGUCCUCGGGUCUGAGCGUCGGUCCUGUGGGGGGGGCCCUGGAUGCGGGUCCUGGCAGCGCCGGACUGGUAGGUAUUCAGGAGGAGCCUGUCGUGCGGAGAGACGUUUCUGGUUCCGAGGCCGACCCGGACGCACCGCCCAAGAAGCGCGUGAGACACCAGGAGGGAGAAGCGGGGAAGCUCGAGGAGCGGCUGUACUCUGUACUGUGCUGCACUGUGUGUCUGGACCUGCCUAAAGCUUCUGUGUACCAGUGUACAAACGGGCACCUGAUGUGCGCAGGCUGUUUUAUCCACCUGCUUGCUGACGCACGUCUCAAAGAAGAACAGGCCACGUGUCCUAACUGCCGCUGUGAGAUCAGUAAGAGUCUGUGUUGCAGGAACCUGGCGGUGGAGAAAGCCGUGAGUGAACUGCCAUCCGAUUGCAGCUACUGCCUCAAACAGUUCCCUCGAUCCGGCCUGGAUCGCCAUCAGACGGAAGAGUGCCAGGACAGAGUGACACAAUGUAAGUACAAGCGGAUUGGCUGCCCAUGGCAGGGGCCUUUCCAUGAGCUCAGCGCUCAUGAGGCAGAGUGUUCCCACCCAUCCAAGACUGGUAUGGAGUUGAUGGGUAUAUUGGACGAGAUGGACCAGAGCCAUCGCAGAGAGCUACAGCUCUACAACAGCAUCUUUAGCCUGCUCUCCUUUGAGAAGAUCGGCUUUACAGAGGUGCAGUUCCGGCCGUACCGCACCGAUGACUUCAUCACGCGGCUGUACUACGAGACGCCUCGCUUUACAGUGCUCAACCAAACCUGGGUUCUUAAGGCGCGUGUCAACGACUCCGAACGCAACCCCAACCUCUCCUGCAAGCGCACGCUGUCCUUCCAGCUUAUUCUGAAGAGCAAAGUGAACUCUGCCCUGGAGUGCUCCUUCCUGCUGCUGAAAGGGCCAUACGACGACGUGAAAAUCAAACCCGUCAUCCAGCACCACGUCUUCUCCAACGACGCCAACGAAACCGAGUACGCCCUGCUGCCCAUCAGCGACAGCGUAGAGUGCAACAAGCUGCUGGCUGCCAAAAACAUCAACCUCCGCCUUUUCAUCUUUCAGAUCCAGAAAUAGAGGCGUGAGAUGACGGGACGGAAGAAGCACAUGGGAGAAGUGAUUGGGAAGGCAAGCACCACUGAACCACAGAUACCUCUAAAGGAGAAGGAUACAAAUAUGGCCCAUCAGAACUGCAUUGUUUGUUUGUGUGCGAGUGUGUGUUUUUGCGGGUAAGCGUACAGACCCGAAAAUCUGCCUUUUUCAUCAACAAACCCACCCUAUACUCUUGAUGGCGGAGCAGGACAGGCCCGAAUGGACAGGACAAAAGAGUCAUUGACUGUGUUUGUGUGUGUUUCCUUGAGCCUGUUUGUGAGGAUGCAAGUCAUUUCAGACUGAUCUUAUAUUUUGUUUGAUUGAUUGAAUGGGGGAGUGUGGUUGGGACAAAAGGUAAAUGCAGAGGUGUCAGAGGUGUAAUGCAACCUAUCAUGCAGGCAAUGUUAAACUGUGUUUGUGUGUAUGUCCCGCUCGAAACCGUUCUCAAAGCUUCUCCACACAGACACUGCAGCACAGAGGCUGCAACUGCUUUAAGUGUAUUUUUGAAUGUGAAGGUAGCCAUUUUCAUUGGUGAAACAGUAACAGUUAGGCUGGAUAAAAUGUCUGCCAAUCCCAGAAGAUGCGAUUUUGCAUGGUUUUAGUUUUACUUUUUAUGUGCACUUUGAAAUGCACACUUUUAGUUGAGUAGCAAUCGUAAACCUGUAAUCUUAACUUAAGUUUGACUUUAUUAACACGUUUAUUUAAGAAUCUGUGAACUUUGCCUUUAUUCCUUCUGUGAAUAGUCAUCAUCAUUAACAAAGGCCAUGUGUUCUCUUCAGGCCCCCAGUUUGUCAGCACAGUUGCACCGCGUCUGCAUCGGACGCAACCGGCGCAACGCGACACUACAAACGGCUUGUUCUAAUGGGAUUGUCAGAUCCACGCCGCAUCCAGUGUGGACAGAAUUUUAAAUUAUUAUAGGUUCUAAUGCAUUUGUCGUGUCGCAUCGCGCCGCGUCUAGUGUAGACACAGUGUUGCAUUUCCCACGCAUUGUGAUGUCAUACUACCUUAAGCUAAAUCAUAGAUUAUAUUUAUUUUUAAUUAUUUAUUUAACUUGCAUUUAUUCGCUAACAUAGAGUCUACACAGUCACAACAGCAAAACUGGAAACUGGAUUGCUACUAUUACAGACCCUUUCAAUCCCUUAUGAGAAUGAAUUAACCAUGGUUUUAUUAUAGUAAGGGGCGGUUUCCCUGACAGGGAUGAGCUUAAGACAGGAGUAGGCCUCAGUUAAAUUAGGAUAUUUAAAGUGAAAAUAAAAAUUCUGUCAACAUUUACUCACCAUCUUGUCAUUUCAAACCUGUAUUACUUUUAUUCUUUCACAGAACACAAAAGAAGAUCAUUUUGAAAAUCUUGUAAACUGGACCCCAUUCACUAGGGUUGAUUUGUGUCCAUACAAUAGAAAUUAAUGGGGUCCAGUGCUGUUCAUUUGCUGUUCAUUUAACUUUCUUCAAAAUAUCUUCUUUUGUGUUCUGCGGAAGUAAGAAAGUAAAAUUUAAAAUGACAAAAUGAGUAAAUGAUGAUCGCAUUUUCAUUUUAAGUCAUUUAAAAAAAACAUUCUUUACAAAAAACAUCAUGCAUCUCGAGACAAAGCAAUCGCACUGACACACACUGCCCGUCAAAAAAAAGUCACACACUCAAAUAAUUUGUUGGACCGCUUUUAGCUUUGAUUACGUCACACAUUCGCCGUGGCAUCGUUUCGAUAAGCUUCUACAAGUCACAAUAUUCAGAGUUCCAUUCAUUUUUCGCCAAGAUCUUGUAUUGAGGUGAUUCUUAAUGGGGUUAUGGUCUGGACUCUGUGGUGGCCAAUCCAUGUGUGAAAAUGAUGUCUCAUGCUCCCUGAACCACUCUUUCACAAUUUGAGCCUGAUGAGAUUGUCAAUAUGCCCGUGCCAUCAGGGAAGAAAAAAUCCAUUGUUGGAAUAACCCGGUCAAUCAGUAUAUUCAUGUAAGUCAGCUGACCUAAUUUUUUGGGCACAUAACGCAGCUGGAUCUAGACCUGACCAACUGCAGCAACACCAGGUCAUAACUUUUGUUUGAACGGGCAGUGUAUUUUAGGAUAUGUCAGUGCAAGUUGUUUUCGAUCAAGACACUCUGCGACUAGUCUGCCCCUUAAAGUGUCUGGCAGAUUUGUUAUAAUUUUACUACAAGUACCAUGGUUAAAUUUAAGUUAAUGGUGUGAGACCAUAGUAAAUUUGUGGUUACUGUAGUUAAACCAUGGUCAAUGAAUCAUCCCUAUAGACGCACACAUGAUCUUUCUUUUAAUAAAAAUGCACAUGCACACACAAUCUCACAAGCUGGGGGUACAAAAGAGCCAAUUGAAUAUUUGGAUAUCUAGUGAACUCGGCUGUGACCUAACACUUUAGACAUACUUGAAACAAACAACAGAUCAACAAAGUUGCUUUUGCAGAAACUGUCACGUCUGGAGUUUAGUUUCAAACUGUUUCUGCAUUUAAAAGCUUUUAAAUCUCACAUGACACUCUGGCUGUAUAUGUGCCUUUCUAUUAAAGCUCAUUUAAACUUG